GGUACUCGACCCAGAAGCCGGUUCUCGGUGUCGAAAUAUGAACCGCCGACCGGUACCCCAAGAAUUGGAUCGUUUUCGAGAGUGAUAACUCCACCUUCUAACGAAAAUCUAACCAGAUUCUUCUCAAGGUCGCGCAAGAAAUGGAAGUACAAUUGCAAAAUCCGCUUCGAAAAAAUCAGUAUAAAUACUCCACCCGAUCUAUCGUUCAGCAUCAGUUCUAACCAUGGCUUUCAAAUUCGUUCUUGUCGCCGCUUUCGCAGCUGUAGCUAACGCUGGUCUUCUCCCAGCCGUUGGACCAGUGGCCUACGCCGCCCCAGUGGCUUACGCUGCUCCAACUGCCCAUUUGACAUACGCCGCCCCUGUCGUCAAGACACUUGCUCCAGCUAUCGCCGUAGCCAAGACUGUUCAACCUGAACCAUAUGACCCUCAUCCACAAUACUCCUACGGAUACGACGUCCAAGACGGUUUGACCGGAGACAGCAAAUCCCAACACGAAACCAGAGACGGUGAUGUUGUCAAAGGCCAAUACUCCCUUGUUGACCCCGAUGGUACCCUCAGAACCGUAGACUACACUGCUGAUCCAAUCAACGGUUUCAACGCUGUCGUCAGCAAACAACCUCUCCAUGCUAAAGUUGCUGUUGCCAAAGUUGCUGCCCCAGUUGCUCACGUCGCCUAUGCUGCUCCAGUAGCCAAGGUUGUUGCUGCUGCCCCAGUUGCUUAUGCUGCACCAGCUCAUGUUGCAUACGCCGCUCCAGCCCAUGUUGCCUACACCAGCUCCGUGUACCACUAAGUGUCGACUGAUUUUUGUUGUAUGAAUGUAUAUUUAUUUCAUUAAAUUUUCUAAUUACUGAA